AUGGCGGCCGCGGCAGCCUUCUUCUUCGCGCGCGGCGGCGGUGCGGCGGCGCUGGCGAUGGUGGCGGCCUUCGUCGUGCUGUCGGCCGCCGGCGUGGCCCGCGCGGACUUCGCCAAGGACCGCGCCAUGUGCGCGGACAAGCUGAUGGGCCUGGCGACGUGCCUGACGUUCGUGCAGGACAAGGCGACGGCGCGCGCGCCCACGCCCGACUGCUGCGCGGGGCUCAAGCAGGUGGUGGCCGCCAGCAAGAUGUGCAUGUGCGUGCUGGUCAAGGACCGCGACGAGCCUGCGCUCGGGUUCAAGAUCAACGUCACCCGCGGCAUGGACCUGCCCUCCCUCUGCAGCAACCCCACCACCUUCUCCGACUGCCCCAAGAUUCUGGGGAUGUCGCCCGACUCCCCCGAGGCGGAGAUCUUCAAGGAGUACGCCGAGAAGCACGAGGGCAAGAACGGCACCACCAUACCUGCCGCUGCAACCGGUGCCGCGGCGACAGGGAAGAGCACGAGCGCGGCGCCGACGGCGGCCGGCGCCGGGAGGCAGCCCUGCGCGGUCUUCUUCUACCUCGUGUCGGCGCUGCUCGCCUCCGUUGCGGUCCUGCUGGCCUGA